UAUGAAACAAACGUCCUCCUCCACUCGAUAGACUCGAAGACUGUUUUUUCAAUCACAGAUUUUCAUUUUCUCACUCUAAAAUCCACUUCACCCUUUCUCUCUCUAAAAACCCACUUUUUGGGUGGUGGUGGUAGUGGUAGUGGUUCUGUUUUCUGUGAUCCGCCAUGGCUGAAGUUACCAAGUAUCAGCCCAUCAAUGGCGGAAAUCUGGUAUCAGACGUCAAGAGUCUCUUCUCUAUUCUUAAAACCAAGAGAACUAUGGCUUUUGCUUAUGGGUUUAUGUUUGCUUUCGUUGUUUUCACUGUCUUUUUGGCUUUUAACCCUUCUUCUUCCUUUUCUCCUUCCUUCUCUAAUAUUUUCAGUGGGAGUAACUUUGUUGGGUAUAAUUCUUCUAAUGGGGGUUCUGGAUCUCGAUACCCUUCUUUCCUUUCUUACUUUUUUCCCAACAGUUCGCUUCAGCAGAGUAAUCCAGUGAUCUCUCCGCCGGUGCCGGAGGCUAAUUUCUCUAGAUCUAGUAAUGUGACGACUCAGCCGCAGCCGCCGGCUGUUGAGAAAGAACCGCCCCGUGUGAAGAACCGUACGGAAGAAUCGGUACAGGAAAACAAUCCACCGGCGGCCGGAAAUCAGACAAUGGAUUCUGUAGUUUCGCCUCCGAUUGAAACUCAACCGCCGGCGGAAACUGUGAAGAACGAUACUCAAUCUACACCGGUUACUGAAGUUACGAACUCGAAUCAAACUGAAUCGAAAAAUGCCCCUCCGGUGGUGGAUGAUCAGGUUAAGAGUUCUGGGCUGGAACCGAUUCCAUUGAAUAAUGGAAGUUCUAGGGCAGAGGAGAAAAAUGUACCGACGAAUUACACGGCUCCGUUGUCGAAGAAGCAAAACAAUGAGACGUUUUCAGAUUCCGGUGAAUCGGUUAACCAGAAGGAUUGGGUUGAGUCUUUGAAGAAUUGUGAUUUUUUCGAUGGAGAGUGGGUGCCGGAUGAUUCUUAUCCACUUUAUAAACCUGGUUCUUGUUUACUGAUUGAUGAACAAUUCAAUUGCCAUUUGAAUGGCAGGCCUGAUAAGAAUUAUCAGAAAUUUAGAUGGAAGCCCAAGAGAUGCCAUCUCCCAAGGUUGGAUGGAGGUCGAAUGUUGGAUCUUUUGAAAGGUAAAAGAUUAGUUUUCGUUGGUGACUCGCUGAAUCGAAACAUGUGGGAAUCGCUUGUUUGUAUAUUAAGAAACUCUGUUAAAGACCAAAGUAAAGUGUUUGAAGCUCACGGAAGACAAGUGUUCAGAGGGGAAGCAGCUUACUCUUUCAUUUUUAAGGAUUAUAACUUCACCGUAGAGUUCUUUGUGUCUCCCUUUUUAGUCCGAGAGUGGGAGAUGCCAGAUAAGAAUGGUAAGAAGAAAGAAACUCUACGUCUCGAUUUGGUCGGGAAGUCGUCUGAUCAGUAUAAAGAAGCUGAUAUAAUUGUCUUCAACACUGGUCACUGGUGGACUCAUGACAAAACUGCAAGAGGGAAAGAUUAUUACCAAGAAGGGAGCCAUGUUUAUGAAGAAUUGAAUGUUCUUGAGGCCUUCCGAAAGGCUAUAACAACAUGGGCGAGAUGGGUUGAUAAUAACAUAAAUCCAAUGAAGUCCAUUGUUUUCUUCAGGGGCUACUCUGAAUCCCAUUUCAGCGGAGGACAGUGGAACUCCGGUGGGCAAUGCGACAGCGAGAUUGAGCCGAUCAAGAACGAGACAUUUCUGAGACAUUACCCGAAGAAGAUGGUUGUUUUGGAGAAGGUAUUGAGCGGGAUGAAAACUCAUGUUACCUAUCUAAACAUUACAAAGAUGACGGAUUUUCGAAAGGACGGGCACCCUUCGAUCUACAGGAAGCAAAAGCUAACAGAAGAAGAGAGGAGAUCACCAUUGAGAUUCCAGGACUGCAGCCAUUGGUGUCUUCCUGGUGUUCCUGAUACAUGGAAUGAGAUUUUAUUUGCAGAACUGUUAUUGAAACAGCAACAACAAAAAAGAACAUAGAGGUACGAAGAAAUGAAAGUACAUAUUUAUUGGGCUGAGUUCAUAUCAAGAUUUAGAAGAUUAGUACUGUUUUUCCUUUUUCUUUUCUUUUUUUUUUUUUGGGAAUCAAUAUAGAGAAGAUCAAACAACAAAGAAGUUAGAUCCAAAGAAUUGAUAUGAAUUUUUUUCUUCUACAAUAAUUUAUGAGAUUAGGAAAUAGAAAAGGGUUUAUGUUCUUGUUCUUGUUCUUGAAGAGAUCUUGUUUGUGCUGUGAUGAAAUUAUGUUCAUAUGAGAGAGAGAGGGAAGAAGAUAUUAGAUGGAAGGAUGAAAUCUUCUAUGGUGUUUACCAAUUGUAAAUUUUUAAAUUAUAUAUUCCUUUUUUGUUGAAACAAUGAAUCCCCUUAUUAUCAUUCUAUCA